CGGGUUAAAAUUAAUCAGCGGAUAAAGCCCAAAAGGCCCAACUAAUAUCCAUUGGGAUCCAGCAAACAAAAAAAAAAAAAUUGUACAGAUUUUUUAAAAAGCCGUACCGUACAUGAAAUAACCAAAAUUGGUUUCUCUCUCUUAACAGUGCCCUCUUUAUUUAACAGACGCACUCCACAGCAAACGUUGCUUUCGUCCUACUCCAAAUGGCUAUGGAGUAAAGGCUUUUCUCUCUCAGAGAAGACAGAGAAAGAGAGUCUCUCUUCCAAACAAAACAAUACCUUCUUCUGGAGUUUCUGAGAGAGGGGUUUCACUCUCUCUUUGACCGCCAUUGAUUCACCUUCUUAACGUUAAUUUCUCUACCUGUUUUCGCCGCGAUAUGCUCGCUUACUGACAAAAGUCCAAUUUUCUUCUACUCAAGUCUCUCUCUCUCUUUCUCUUUGGAGUUUUGUUUGGGGGAUUUUCUUUUCGAGAUUCUGAGAUCCGAUUCCAAACUCACAAGCAUUGAAUCUCACCGCAACGCAAUUUUUUCAGAAUUUGGUUUUGGUUAUUGGCGUGGGACGGUGUUGUCGUCGGAGAUUUUUCCCGUGAGCUUCCUUUUAUGGAUCUGACUGGAGAAUUUGGAGCUAGAUCCGGCGGUGGUGGGAUGUGCCGGGAAUCAACAGGGCUUGAAUCGCUUCAUCUCGGCGACGAAUUUCGGCCACUGGUGACGCUUCCUCCCGAGAACGCCGGUGGGUUCACGGCGUUGCUUGAGCUUCCGCCUACCCAAGCCGUGGAGCUUCUCCAUUUCACUGAUUCGUCGUCUUCCCAGGCUGCCGUCACCGGAAUCGGCGGAGAUAUCGCUCCGCCGCUUCACUCUUUCGGGACAUUGACUUUCCCUUCUAACCCAGUCCUCAUGGAGCGAGCAGCUCGUUUCUCGGUGAUUGCCACAGAGCAACAAAACGGAAACGUCUCCGGGGAGACCACGACGAGCUCCAGCGCUAAUCCGGAUAGAGUCAAGACCGAGCCUGCCGAUGCCGAUUCAUCUCAGCGGUUGGUUUCUGAUCAAGCGGCGGAGAAUCAAAGCCCGUGCCCUAGCCAGAACAAUCGAUCCGGCAAGAGGAAAGAAUUCGAGAAGAAGGCAAGAAGGGAGAAGAUUAAUGCACGAAUGAAGCUGCUACAGGAACUGGUCCCAGGCUGUGAUAAGAUUCAAGGUACCGCGUUGGUGCUGGAUGAAAUCAUUAACCAUGUCCAGUCCUUACAACGUCAAGUGGAGAUGCUAUCAAUGAGACUUGCUGCGGUAAACCCCAGAAUCGACUUCAAUCUCGACACCAUAUUGGCUUCAGAGAACGGUUCUUUAAUGGAUGGGAGCUUCAACGGUACAUCAAUGCAGCUUGCUUGGCCUCAUCAAGUGAUGGAGACAGAGCAGUCAUAUCAUCACCGGCAACUGCAACCACCACCACCUCAACAGUGGACUUUCGACGGCUUGAACCAGCCGGUAUGGGAAAGAGAAGAGGAUCAAGCUCAUGGCAAUGACCACAACAGUUUGAUGGCGUCUUCUGAAAACUUAAUGGUGGGUUCUGAAAAUUUGCACCCGAAUCAGGUCAAAAUGGAGCUGUAAUUUGGGUAAAAACAUUAUUAGGUCAUGAAUGUGUAUAUAUAUCGUAUAAGCUUGUCUCUCUUCAUAUAUAAUUAUAAAUAUAUAAGAAUUAGAUAUCUGUUGAGAAGGUAUCAGUCAUUUGAUUCAGAGACACAAAUUUCAUAAUUUUACCAGAAUUUCCAAUCCAUAAUAUCAAAU